CCUUGUGAUCAAUGAAAAAAAGAGAAGGUUAUUUGUAGAAUUGUCAAAAUAGUUAUGGGAUGCGAAGUAAAAUCCUCUACAAAAAGUAACAUUAGUUGUUUUUGGUUCUCUAGUUGUUUUAAUGUAAAUUAAAGUGUUGUUAGACAUUGUUAUAAAUUAAUAAGGGCAAAGGAGGUGUGAGAAAAGGAGGCAAGUAUAUAGGAGGUAUGAAAUUUGGGAGAGGAAGAUGAAAGAAAAAAACAGAAAUAUGGUUGCCAUUUCAUUAUACAGAGGGAAUCUUCACCGAACACCAGAUCUGCCUCGUCGAUGGCUUAUGCCAAACCCUAAAAUCUCUCUCAAAGAUUUCAAAUCCCUUUUAGCUCGUCGUUCUAAGGCACUCUCUCGUUCUUCCAACCCUAACCCUAACCCUCUAUCCUCCGCCACAAACCGUAAACAGCUUCAACUUUCUAAUCAACCUCCAGAACUAGUUGAUUCCAACAAACCGCUUCAUGGAUCCGAUUUCGAGAAUCAUGCUUUCGAGAAACCAUCUCACGCUGCUGCAACUUCCAUCGAAAAACAUACCCACCCUGUUAUUGGAAAUGUGGAUAUGCAUCAUGAUAAAGACAAAAGGAAAAAAGAAGUUGAGGCCAAGCUACAAGUUUUGAAUGCCAAGAAACAUAGUCUGGUGUUAGUGUUGAAGCAGAUUUUAAAUGCGGAGGAGGAUUUAAAGAGACGGAACAGUUUGCAACAGCAAGGGGUUGUGAUGCGCGGCCCUUCUGUUCCGCCUAAAGCUGAUGGGACCAAUGAUACUGGGUCAGAUACCAAGUAUUUGGCUCUGAGGUUGGGCUCUGAUGGAAAUCUUGGUGACCUCGAUGGUGUUGAACCUGAUGAUUUUACUAAUCAUAAUCAUAAUAUGCAGCAUUCUCAACUUGUUCUUCCGACCAGUAGCAUGUCUCCUUCAUCAGAAUCCCCUCUUACGAGGACUCCUACUGUACAGCAGAACAUGGUUUCAAACCCUGCUCGGGCAAGUUUCACGUCUGCUGGUAGUCCAUCAUGCUUUGCUCACUCAGGACAGCAUGGGAAUCCACCAAACCUACCUUCCGCGUCUGUGUCAGGAACUAGUUACAUUGCAUCAUCCCCUUCUCCAGCCGCAUCUGGAGGUACUUCUGUUUAUAGAGAUGCUGGGCACCCAAGUCCAUGGAAAUAGAACUGUUUUCUUGUAACAAUGUCAAUGUAUUAAUGUUGAAUUCUGUAUACACUCUGGUUGCUGCACAUAAUUAUCAAAACGAGCAAUACAAGCUGUCUCUAUGUACUGAAAAAUCUGUAUUUUUUUGUCA